UUCUAUACUUCUCUUGCUACAUUCAGCUUCACAGCUUGCUACUUUCACUUCCACCAUGGUAAACCAGAGCCACCGUCACCACCGCUUCCUCCUCGCAAUCUACCCCGCACAAAGCCACAUAAACCCUGCUCUUCAACUCGCCAAGCGACUCAUCUCUAUGGGCGCACAUGUCACCCUUCUCAUCACCCUCCACGUGUACCGCCGCAUGGCCAACAAACCCUCCAUCCCUGGUCUCUCCCUCGUCACUUUCUCCGAUGGCUACGAUGCUGGUUUCAGCGUCUUUUCCGGAGGGGACGACGACUACAGGCUCUACUCCUCGGAGCUCAAGCAACGCGGCUCCGACUUCAUUGCCCACCUCAUAGCCUCUCGUGCUAUGGAAGGCGAACCUUUCACUUGUUUAAUUUACACUUUGCUUGUUCCUUGGGCACAUGAGGUGGCGCGUGCUUUUCAACUCCCAACCGCGCUGCUGUGGAUUCAAGCCGCCACGGUGAUGAGUAUUGUCCAUCCAUACUUCCAUGGCUGCGAAACUUACAUCACCGACAAGAUUAAAAGCAAAGAUGAGCCAUUUACAAUCCCGGGUUUGCCCUUGUUGCUAUCCUCAUGUGACGUUCCAACUUUCUUGUUGGUAUCAACAACAAACCCCUUGUCUUUCAUCUUCCCCCUUUUCGAGGAGCAGUUUCGAGUUCUUCACAAAGAAACUAACCCUACCGUCCUCGUCAAUACUUUUGAAGCUCUCGAGCCGGAGGCUCUGAGAGCUGUUGAUGGAAUCAACAUGAUUCCUAUCGGACCGUUGAUUCCAUCCGCUUUCUUGGACGGCAGCAACCCCCGUGAUACUUCAUUUGGUGGUGACAUUUUGCAUGCAAGUAAUGAUUAUGUCAAAUGGUUGGACUCACAGGCGGAGUCUUCCGUUGUUUACGUGUCAUUUGGUAGUUACCACGAACUGCCUAAGAAACAGACAGAGGAAAUUGCACGUGCUUUAUUAGGGUGUGAACAUCCAUUUCUGUGGGUUGUUAGAGAAAAUUUAAUUAAAGUUGAAGAAAGGAAAGAAGAGGAAGAGUGGAGUUAUAUGGAGGAACUGAAAAUGAAGGGGAAGAUAGUGAAGUGGUGUUCACAAGUUCAAGUGCUGUCCCAUGCUUCGCUGGGUUGUUUUGUGACGCACUGCGGUUGGAACUCCACCAUGGAAACCCUAAUUUCAGGGGUCCCAGUGGUGGCGUUUCCACAGUGGUCGGAUCAAAACACAAAUGCGAAGCUGAUGGAAGAUGUGUGGAAGAUAGGGGUUAGAGUGAACCCUAAAGUGAUAAAUGAGGAAGGGAUAGUGGAAGCUGAAGAAAUAAGGAGAUGUUUGGAUAUUGUGAUGGGGAGUGGAGAGAAAGCAAAAGAAGUGAGAAAGAAUGCGGAGAGAUGGAAGAUGUUGAGUAGAGAAGCAGCCAAAGAAGGUGGUCCCUCAGAUACGAACCUAAGGGCUUUUGUGAAUGGUGUUGGAGAAUUAAUGCAUGUGGAUGGCUAAAAGUAGUUGAAUGGACUCUUAUAAAUUAUACUAGGUUUUUAAUUUCUGAACUUUAAUGGUUUCCGUUUUGGGUUAAUUAUUUAAUUCCUUUGGGAGAAUGAUAUAUUGCAUCCCAUAAUUAGUUAAUUUUAUUUUAAGGCCUCUUUAGAGGUUAUUGAAAAUAUAAGAAGAAUAAAUAAAUAAAUAAAUAAGGUGUGUGGCAAGGUGCCACUGGUUAGGCUAGCUUAUUAGCCAUCUGUUUAUUUGUGGCAAGAUGUUGUUUAAUUUAUGUGUGUAACCUUUUAUA